AUGGUUGAAGACUCUGCUUUAAACUCUAAUAAACCAAAGACUAAAGCUACCCGGCCAAAAGCAGUAUAUUUAUGGACAGAGGCAGAUGUACAGAAAUGGUUGAGGCGACAUUGUAGUGACUAUUAUAAUUUAUACUGGGAAAGGUUUCACGAGCACGAUAUAACAGGUCGGGCUCUCGUGCGGAUCAAUGACAAUACACUUUUAAGAAUGGGAAUCACAAAUAAGGAACACAGGGAAGCAAUAUGGAGAGAGAUCCUUAAGUUAAGACUCAAGACGGACAUUGUGGAAAUACGAGAUUUGGAGAGGGCAGACUUUAAUUAUGAUUUG